AUACCACUCACGAAGGUGAAGGCCGGUCAAUAAGCUGUCACAAGUUACAACCAGGUAGUAAUACUACACUGAAAACCAUUGGGUACCCAGCUAGGCAGACCCAGCACUCAGGGCACUGAGCGGAGGGGAGGUCGGAGAUGAACACAGGUACAUGCCGAGCCUGUUCCUCUGCUGAGAAGAAAUACAAGGAGAGGGGCGGCGACCCCAACUGCUUCGUGUUGCACGGUGAGCGAGACGUCAUCACUGCGCCCAGGUCGGACAAGGAGAAGCGGAAACAGAAGAAGGUGUUACAGGACAAGCUGGAGAAGAGAGCAGCAGCCUUGAGGAACACCCGAGGAGGAGUUGUCAUUGUCCACCUUCACGGUCAGCUCCAGACUGACCGAUAUCUUGAAUACUUUGAUGAGUUCAUUGGCAACCCGCUCUCUGAACUUACUGAGGAUGGCCGACUUUUUGUAGACACAUAUGUGCGUGAGUGGCUGUCCAGUCUGCCAGGAUUGGAGGAUUUCAGUGAUUUCGUUCUCAUAAACGUGCGCAAGACAGCGGGCGUUGCUACAGUGGAUUUCUGCACCAAGACUUGUAACGAUUUUGAAAAAAAGAAUCCAUCAAUUUUAAACGUCUUAUCGAUUCUCUCGCGAACAUUUUACACGAAAACCCGCAAGCCCCAAAUCCGAGGUAUUCCACUUUCAGAGAAUAUACAGAAACUGCACGAGAACAGGGCAGUAGAGCUGAAAACCUUUAUAAACCCAGACGCUGAAAAUGAUGUUGUACUGUUUGUUGAUCAUGUCUGGUUCGACCUGAAACUGAGAGAAAACCUGACAUCCCUGACGAAGGUGGACCACGGGGUUCAUUCUACGUUGGUAUUACAGAGGAGAAGAAGCAGAGUGGUUUGUACAAAACAAAAAACCCUAAAAUACUUGGCUUUCGUGUCAGUUUUCCACAUGAGGACAUUACAGAACUCCUACAAAAGAAAAUAGCAGAACAUGUCACAGUUUUACAGUUGAAUGGACGAUUUGAAGAUGCUCCUUCUGAUCUGAUUGAGAUUGCUUUUCAUGAAGUUCGUGAGAGUCACCCCCAGAAGUAUGUGCUUGAGAUUGCAGUGAGGCACGUUGACGGUAUUGUGUUCUAUGACAAGGAGGGGCCCCGAACCUACCUCAUAGACCACGGGAACAUCGUCAGGAUGACGCGAGUAGAGUGGCUGCACAGGAUCACCUGUCGCCUGCCGCCAUGGAUCAUAUAAGCAAUUCUCACUGUGACUGGUAGCUAUAUAUUACCUCAAUUAACAAACACUAUUAUCACGCUUUUCUCCAAGUGUUUUAAGUAUGUAGCAGGACUGCGUCAGUCAAACACAGACAACAGACGCUACUUUUUGUUCUUCAAUGGCCGAUGGUUUAUUAGAGAUGUGGGUAGUGAAAGCAACAACCCUGAAACAAUCAGGUGUACAAUAUAAUAAAUGCAGCAAUAUACACAUAUCCUAAAUACAGACAUACACAUAUAAUUCGUACAUAUGCUAUAACAUUACAAAAUAGUUGCUUCAGUAAACAAUUACUGUGUACAAACUGUAUUUCAUUUUCAUCACGAACAAGAAUCUCGGACGUCUAAUGUACGAAUGAUGCAGGUAGUGGACCGGACGUCUAAUGUACGAAUGAUGCAGGUAGUGGACCAUAACUGAAAUCAAAAAAGCUACUGAGCUACAAAUCUACAAACCUACCAAGCCCAAAGAUGUCGACCACGACUGAGAGCUCGGGGAGUCCGUAUCAGUCUGACGGAGAGGUCUCCUGCUGCUUCACCAAGCAUUAUGACUCCACCUGUUCUGAGGACAGUGAGAAGGACACGCCAGAUUCGAGAGAUGCCGAGGAGCCUGCACACUUCUGGACUGGGAUGGGCAUCAGUCGUUUCAUCAACCAGCUCCACAACAGUGACGAACCUGAAGACCGACUACAUGUUUAUCCAGUUGGAUCUGAGCAGUACCUGGAACCAUUGAUAUUCAACAACAUUAAAAGCCUAGCACGAGGUAAAGGGAGUUUUGUGUUCGUCAGUUCUGGUUUGAUGAAAGAUUUGAAGAUGCUGCACAAGACCCGAGUCCCGCCAUGCGUCAUAUGUGACAUCUGUAUCUUCACACCAGAGAAACCAGUAACUUUGCUGACAUUUGUUGCCACGGACAACAGACUGAGUCAAAUCUACAGCUACACUUCCUGCCUUCGCGAGGGCGAUGACGUCAGCAGUGAGGAGAAGUUUGGCGUCCUUCCAGCUAGUCCACGGCGUGGUGACCCCGGACACGUGGCGGUCAAGCAGCGCAUUCAGUGA